AUGGGUAAAUGGCGAUGGGGCGUUAUCCUGGACGCGGGUUCGUCAGGAACUCGAGUUUACAUCUACAGAUGGCUCAAUGCCGCCAAAGCGAAACAGAAGGCCGACCCUGAAGACCUGCUAAGUCUGCCGAAGAUAAAAACAAAAUCGACGAAGAAGAUCAAGCCGGGUGUAUCGACGUUCGCGGACAGGCCGUACGAUGUUGGUCCGGACCAUUUAAAGGAGCUACUCGACCAUGCUCUGAACAUAAUUCCCGAAGAUCAGGUCAAGGACACACCCAUAUUCUUAAUGGCGACUGCGGGUGUACGACUAUUGGAACCGUUACAACAGAAGUCUCUCCUGAACGAGAUUUGCGCUUAUGCUCGGACCCAUACCGAUUUCUCUCUGCCAGAUUGCGAUUUACAUAUUCAGGUGAUUCCAGGAGAGACGGAAGGCUUGUACGGAUGGAUUGCUGCAAAUUACUUGCUGGGAGGCUUUAACGCACCAGAAAAGCACAAUCAUGGAAAGGGACACCAUACCUAUGGAUUCCUGGAUAUGGGAGGUGCAUCAGCACAGAUUGCAUUUGCUCCAAAUGCCACGGAAGCCGAGAAGCACGCAAAUGAUCUCAAAUUACUGCGGAUGCGGACCUUGAAUGGACAGUCCACAGAAUACAAGGUCUUCACCACAACUUGGCUGGGAUUUGGUGUAAACCAAGCUAGGGAACGUUACGUGGAUGCUCUGAUGGAAGCAACCUACACGAAAGCAGCACACGAACUCCCGGAUCCAUGCUUACCGUCUGGCCUCAAGACUACUUUGCACGGUCAAAUCAGUGAUGGUGCAGCAAGCAAGGAUCCAGUUCUGGUUGGAACAGGCCGCUUCGACGAAUGUCUAAGACAGACGUAUCCUCUACUCGACAAAGAUGCUCCUUGCGAAGAUCUACCGUGCUUACUUCAUGGCCAACAUGUACCAGCUAUCGACUUCGAGGUUAAUCACUUUGUUGGUGUAUCGGAAUACUGGCAUACCACCCACGAGAUUUUCGAAAUGGCACACAAGGAUGCGGCUUAUGACUUCGCAGCAUACCAGGCUCUAGUAAAAGAAUUUUGUAGUGAGGAAUGGCACGAUAUUGAGGAUGGUGUCACUGCUGGAAAAUGGGGCAAGAAAGUGGAUGAGAGAACCGCUCAAGAAGUAUGCUUCAAGGCGUCCUGGUUGAUCAACGUUCUCCAUGAAGGUAUUGGCAUACCGAGAGUUGGGAUUGAGAAAGGGACACCUGCUGGAUAUAACAGGACCAAAGAGGUGGCCAGUCAUGCAAAGAACAAGGGGUUCCUAGAUCCUUUCCAAGCAGUGAAUACCAUCGAUGGGAUGGAAGUUAGUUGGACGCUGGGAAAGAUGGUUCUUUAUGCAGCAGGACAAAUACCGCCAUCUUCAGCAAAUGCUGGACCAGUAGGAUUUGGUAGCAACCUGAACGCCAAUGACUUCCAAGAAGCCGGCUCCAACUCCAAUCCGAUCCCUAUCGGCGAAGACGAUUCAUGGACCGAAGCCGCAGAAGAAAUCUCAGAGACUGUCCACUCACGAACCACACCCGGCUUCUUCCUCUUCAUGAUCAUCCUCAUCCUCAUCGGAUUCAUCUUCCGCAAACGCGACAGACGCAUGAGAGUCUACAGAGGCUUCAACAAUCUCCGCCGCAAUCGCCGACCAGGCAGUCCUCGCAAAGGCGGCCGUGGAUUCUUCAGCUCCAGCAAGCUAUUUGGUCGCAGCUCAGCCAACUACGAACGAGUCCUCGAAGACGGCGAAGCAGCUGGCGAGUUCGAACUUGGUGACGUGGAUUCUGAUGAUAAUGAACAUUCGGAUAGCAGUGGAGAAUCUCGAAUCGGACGGACUUCUGGCUUGGCUACACCGAAGAUGAAUGUCGUGAGCUUCGACUCGAGUAAUUACUUCGAGAAUGCACCGGCUGAAGGUGUUGGCCUGGGACUGAACCACGUCGGCACAGUCAAUGCUUUCGAUAGAGCGGGCUUGGUAGUCAGGACGGAGAGUCGCGAGCGGUUGGGCCCGAAUCUGCAGAUGUUAGGCGCGGGGAGGAGGAGUAGAGCGGGGAGUCCGACUAGGAUGAAGAGUCCGUUAAUGAUGCCUCUGGAGGAGGUUUGA